CUCAGAAGAUGAAUCUCUUCCAGUCCAUAACAAGUGCCUUGGACAAUGCAUUAGCCAAAGACCCGACUGCAGUGGUAUUUGGUGAAGAUGUGGCCUUUGGUGGAGUCUUCAGGUGUACAGUUGGUUUGCGAGACAAAUAUGGUAAAGAUAGAGUUUUCAACACCCCCUUGUGUGAACAAGGAAUUGUUGGCUUUGGUAUUGGAAUUGCUGUUGCAGGUGCUACAGCCAUUGCAGAAAUCCAGUUUGCAGAUUACAUUUUUCCAGCAUUUGAUCAGAUUGUGAACGAAGCAGCAAAAUAUCGUUACCGCUCUGGAGACCUGUUUAAUUGUGGAAACCUCACCAUCAGAGCCCCCUGGGGCUGUGUGGGUCAUGGUGCACUAUAUCACUCUCAAAGUCCAGAAGCCUUUUUUGCUCACUGUCCAGGAAUAAAGAUUGUUAUUCCAAGGAGUCCUCUUCAGGCCAAAGGACUGCUGCUGUCAUGCAUAGAGGACAAAAAUCCAUGCAUAUUCUUUGAACCUAAAAUACUUUACAGAGCUGCAGUGGAACAAGUUCCUGUGGAGCCCUACAACAUUCCGCUGUCUCAAGCUGAGGUGCUGCAGACGGGCAGUGAUGUGACACUGGUUGCUUGGGGCACUCAGGUCCAUGUGAUCAAAGAGGUGGCAGCAAUGGCUCAAGAAAAGCUUGGUGUGUCCUGUGAAGUUAUUGAUCUGAGGACCAUCUUACCCUGGGAUACAGAGACCGUUUGCAAGUCGGUGGUGAAGACUGGGCGACUGUUGAUUAGCCAUGAGGCUCCCUUGACAGGAGGAUUUGCAUCUGAAAUCAGUUCCACAGUUCAGGAGGAAUGCUUUUUGAAUUUAGAAGCUCCUAUUUCAAGAGUGUGUGGCUAUGACACUCCUUUCCCUCACAUCUUUGAGCCUUUCUACAUCCCAGACAAAUGGAAAUGCUAUGAUGCUCUUCGAAGAAUGAUUAACUACUGAGCAGUAGCACAGAGAUGAGAAGAACGACAGGGUAAUACAGAAACUGCCUUCAAAACUCUUGACACUUUACUCACAUCUUUUGGGUUUGGAAUUCACAUAGCAGACUGUUUUCUCUGAACUCAACUAUCAAUACUCAUCUUGGCUAUUCUUUGGAAAGUUCAAAUCCUCCUUAAUUAUGAAAUCAGUGAUGGGCAGGUGAUUGCUAUAAUAAGUAGUUUCAGAUGUAUUUAAAAAUAUUCCAGAUGUUGUACUAAUGUUACACAUUGCCACGCUUCACUAGGUUACAUCUCUAAACCUCACUGUGUAAAUAUUAGAAGCAGGAUUUUAUUCAAUAAAACAUAUU